AUGCCGAACUUCACGGUGGAUCAGAUGCGCACCAUCAUGGAUAAGACGGAUAACAUCCGCUCCAUGAGUGUCAUCGCGCACGUGGAUCACGGCAAGUCCACCCUGACUGAUUCCCUGAUCUGCAAGGCGGGCAUCAUCUCAGCCAAAGCUGCAGGCGAUGCUCGAUUCACGGACACCCGAGCAGAUGAGCAGGAGCGAGGUGUGACCAUCAAGAGCACAGGUGUGUCCCUGUACUUCGAGCACGAUGAGGAGGAUGGCAAGGGUUCGAUCCCUCACUUGAUCAACUUGAUUGAUUCUCCUGGGCACGUCGAUUUCUCCUCCGAGGUGACCGCUGCUCUCCGAAUUACCGACGGAGCCAUGGUGGUGGUCGACUGCAUCGAGGGCUGCGCCGUGCAGACUGAGACUGUGCUGCGCCAGGCGCUGCAAGAGCGUGUGAGGCCAUGCCUGUUCGUGAACAAGGUGGACCGCUGCAUCCUGGAGUUGCAGAUGGAAGCUGAGGACAUGUAUUCCAGGUUCCGAAAUGCCAUCGAGAACGUGAACGUGAUCAUCGCGACCUACAACGAUGCGCUGAUGGGCGACGUGCAGGUGACCCCGGAGAAGGGCACGGUGGCUUUCGGCAGCGGCCUGCACGGAUGGGGCUUCACCACGGAGCGUUUCGCCAAGAUCUAUGCGCAGAAGAUGGGCAUGGACAAGGACAAGAUGAUGCAGCGAAUGUGGGGUGACUCCUUCUUCAAUGCCAAGAAGAAGGUCUGGACCAAUGUUCAGCAACCGGAAGGCUGCACUGAGCCUUUGCAGCGUGCCUUCUGCCAGUUCAUCAUGGGUCCCAUCAACCAGCUCAUGCGUGCCAUCAUGAAUGAUGACAAGGAGAAGUACGAGAAGAUGAUGGGCACCCUGGGCAUUGUGCUGAAGGGCGAUGAGAAGUCCCUGACGGGAAAGCCCUUGAUGAAGCGAACCAUGCAGAUCUGGAUCAACGCCGCAGACACCCUGUUGGCAAUGAUUGUGACCAAGCUGCCUUCCCCGCGGGCCGCCCAGAAGUACCGAGUGGAGAACUUGUACGAGGGGCCCAUGGAUGAUGCAGCCGCCAACGGCAUCCGCAGCUGCGACCCAGCAGGCCCUCUGAUGAUGUACGUCUCGAAGAUGGUGCCUACCUCGGACAAGGGCCGCUUCUACGCCUUCGGCCGCGUGUUCUCCGGCACCAUCGCCACGGGCCAGAAGGUGCGAAUUCAGGGCCCAUACUACAAGCCAGGCAGCAAGGAGGACCUGCACGUGAAGAACAUCCAGCGAACCGUGCUGAUGAUGGGCCGCACCACUGAGCAGAUCCAGGAUGUGCCAUGCGGCAACACGGUGGCACUGGUGGGUGUCGACCAGUACAUCUUGAAGUCCGGUACCAUUACCACCCUGGAGGAUUCCCACAACAUCGCCGACAUGAAGUACAGCGUGUCUCCUGUCGUGAAGGUUGCCGUGAAGGCCAAGGAUGGCAAGGACCUGCCCAAGCUGGUCGAAGGUCUGAAGAAGCUGUCCAAGUCUGAUCCUCUGGUCGUUUGCACUACGGAGGAGAGUGGAGAGCACGUGAUCGCAGGCUGCGGCGAGCUGCAUGUUGAGAUUUGCCUGAAGGACUUGAAGGACGAGUAUGCCCAGUGCGACUUCAUCGUGUCCGACCCCGUGGUGUCUUACCGUGAGACUGUGAGCGAGACUUCCAGC